AUGAGAGCUAAUAAUCGUUUUGCAUCUGUAAUUGGAAAUUUACGUGAGAUAAAGGAAACAAAUGUAAUAAUGAAAAAUGAAAGUAGCUUUUGUUUAAAGUUACAAAUACUUUCUAAAAAACCAUUAAUGAGGAUAUUGAUAUGAUUAGAUAGAGAUGCAUGCAGAUUUUAAAUAUAGAACCAGAGAAAAGAUCAAUCAUAUAAGCUAAAUAUGUUUAAAAAUAUUUUGAGAAAGAAUUUGCAUAUUUUACGUAAGAUUGAAAAUAAAUUUAGUAAAAUUAGAGGAUAAUUACCAGAUGAUCUAUAUAUUAGAAUUUUUAAGGACUUAUAGCUUGAAAACAGAAAUGCAGCUGAAGUAGUCUUUAAUAUUGGAGACAUUGGAAGAAAAAUGUACUUUAUAAUUGAUGGAGAAGUAGCUAUUUUAAUUCCUAUGUAAGAGUAACAACAUCAUGAUACUUUACAUCAUCAUUAAAAAAGUAAGUAUAUAUUAAUAUUUUAAGAAACUUUGAUUGUAAAGAAAUUUGAAGAUUUAUUGAAAUAUAAAUAUGCACAAUAUAAAUUAAUUGCAAUAAAGAGUAAAAAUGACUAUUUUGGAGAGAUUGCAAUAGAAUAGAGGAUUCCAAGAACAGCUUCAGUAAUAGCAAAAUCUGAAUGUGUUUUUGCCACUUUGAGUUUUGAUUCAUAUUAGAGAGUAUUAGGGUAAUAUUAAGAAAAGAUUUUGGAAGAUAAGUUAUAGUUUAUAAAAAGCAUACCUCCAUUUAAGAAUUGGAGUUAAUCUGGUUAAUUAAUUUUAUUACACAGUUGUUAGGAAAUGAGUUUUGAAGCUGGAUCUUUUAUUUAUAAAAGAGGAUAAAAGGGGGAUACUAUAUAUAUAAUUAAAGAAGGAGAAAUACUUAUAGAAAAAUGGGACAAAUAAUAAUCAUGUAUAUAAGAAGGAGAUAUUUAUUUAAAAAAAAACAUUAUAGUUGUUGGUCUAUAUUCAACUGGGUAGAUUUUUGGAGAUUAUGAAGUUUAUUAAACAAAUAUGAAAUGCAGAUAUCUCACAAGAGUGACUUAAGCUAAGGCAAGAGUGAAAACUGAAGUUUUAGCUCUUUCUAUAUCAUAAUAUAUUGAUAAUAUGAGAUUGAAUGAGAGGGAUGCUUGGAUUAGAGACUAUUUUGAUUAAAAGUUUAGCAAAAAAUGGUUAAAUAAACCAGAAACAAAAACUUAAUAUAUUAGUAAGAGUCCUAUUCCAUCUAAUAAUAAGUAAUACAUCAAAAGUAGAGAAGAUGGAAGACCAACAUUUAAAGUGUCUUUAUCAAAUAACUGUUUUGAAGAAAUUGAUUUAGACAAUAAAAAAGAUUCGAAAGAUCUAUAAAUGUUAUCUCCAACAUAAUUACAUUCUUAAAAUAAGAGCAAUAAAACUAUGAGAAAAUUCUUGAGUUUAUAAGGAUGCUUGUUUAAAACUCAAUAAACUCAUGAAGCAACUUCUAUGGAUAUCAUUAUUAAAUAACUUAAAAACAAAGUUAUUAAGAGCAGAGAUAACUUUACAAACGAAUCAAAUGUAGAUAUUUCACAGAGUAAAUUUUAUUCUGUGAAGAAACCAACUGCUCCUAAACUUAAAAUAGGUUUAUCAUUUAAAUCUUUAAGAGAAGGAGAACGUAAUAAGUCUAAUUUUUUAGACUGA